AUGUCGUCAUUGAAGAAUGAACAUGAUACGUCAUCUUUAAGGACAAGACAAAAAAAAUCAUCAAGUUUAUCAUGUUGCUUCAUUAAUAGCCAUCAUUGUUCAGACCUAUUUGAGUCUUCGCCUUGUCCUACCAGGUUAUCAUUGUGCUGGUUCCGUAACAAAAUAAAACAUGAUCAUAAUUCACCCGAGCUUAGAGAAAAAUGUAAAAGCUUCAUUCAUAAUAUGGGUAGACAGCGUCGCCAUGUUUCAGCAGAUUUUAGCUAUGAUCCCCUUAGUUAUGCUAUGAACUUUGAAGAUGAUGAAACUUUCUUGGAUGAUUACCAGAAAUUUCCUGCAAGGAACUUUGCAGCAAGAUUGCCAUUGUCUCCUCCUUCCAAAGAGAAAAUACCAAUCACCAAUAUGCUAGAUCACGAUAUGAUAAGGUUAGAUAUGAAGAGUAAAAGCUUUAAAUUGCCGAACAAAAGGUCACAAGCCAUACAAGACGUGAGGAGAAGCCUUGAAAUUCCUAUCUCUCAAGUAAACAACGAUAUUUUAAGACAAGAUGUAAAUAUGAGGUACACGCUUUAUAAAUAA